CGUUUUAUACAAGCAAUAUAAACUAACAUGAGUUCGUCAGAGGUUUAAGAUAGCCACAGUUCCUAGUUAAUUAUGAUAACGGAGCAGGUACGAUGCCGUCCCUUGUUCGUCAAGUCUCAUGUCAGAUCUGAUCCAAACAGCGUCCGAGGAAGCCGUUUUAUUAGAACGUGGCUAUAAAUUAUCGAAAAAGAUCGGCGAAGGUUCUUACGCUAAGGUUUACCAAGCUGAAUACAAAUCGCAGUAUCGUACGAUAAAGGAUUGCACGUUGGCCUGCAAGAUCAUAGACACAGCAAAAGCACCAAAGGAUUUUGUUCGUAAAUUUUUACCACGAGAGCUUGACAUUUUAGUUAAACUCAACCAUCCACACGUGGUACACAUACACAGCAUCUUUCAAAGACGUAUGAAAUAUUUCAUAUUCAUGCGUUACGCCGAGAACGGUGACCUUCUCGACUUUAUCCUGAAGAACGGAGCAGUGUCAGAGAACCAAGCUCGCAUAUGGUUUCGACAACUGGCUCUUGGUAUUCAAUAUCUUCAUGAAAUGGAAAUUGCACAUCGUGAUUUAAAAUGUGAAAAUAUUCUUCUAACAAUGAAUUACAAUGUAAAGCUAGCCGAUUUUGGAUUCUCACGAUACAUGAUUGACAAUCGUGGUAAACGUGUACUCAGUGACACAUAUUGUGGUUCCUUGUCGUAUGCUGCACCAGAAGUUCUACGUGGUGCUCCUUAUAAUCCAAAAUAUUCUGACAUUUGGUCACUCGGUGUGAUUCUCUAUAUCAUUUUAAACAAGGCCAUGCCUUUCGACGAGACCAAUAUAAAGAUACUCUAUGAACAACAGUUAUCACGUAAAUGGAAAUUUCGACGAAAAAUCGACGAAACCAUCAGCGAUAAUGCAAAGAAAACUGUAGCGAAUCUUUUGGAACCGGAUGUAAAAAAACGAUGGCAAAUUGAUCAAAUAUUAUAUGGCGAGUGGAUAGCAAUGGAUCCAAGAUUAUUGGUUCUGACACCGAUUGAGCAAAGUGCUCUCAAUCAUGCGAUCGAGGAACGUAAGAAGAACGAAGAGAAAUUUUUGAAAAAGAAAUCCUCAAAGAUCGAAAAGAAAAGCGAGAAACCACAAAGCGUCAGCGACACUGUCGGAACAGUCACUAUUUUGAAGGAUGCUACAAAGGUAUCAAUGUCAUUGUCGAGAAUGGCACAAAGUACGUUUCAUAAAUAUCAGAAUUUUUCUCAUUUCCUUUCUAGGCUACACCAUCCAUUAUUUUACCUAUCGGUUUGCCUAAACAACUUGAAAUAUAAUCAAAUAUUGUGGUAUAUACGUUGGAACAUGGUUUUUGAUUACAUAAUAUAUAUCCCCGUACUUCCGCAUUUUCUACUUUUGUAACACAAUGCAUUUAAAUACAAAUAAUACGAUUUAAUUGCAAUAUCCACGAUUUACGGUAUAACACAGUUAAAGUAUCCGCUUACUCGGAGUAAACUGCCGGAACAACAGAAAACUAAGUAUGCAAUUAAAUUAGAAAUACGAUAUCGGGGAAACGUGUAUUACGUAUCCAAUGUGGAAUUGUUUUGAACAAUGAGUUUCUAAUAAUGGGAAAACGAUUAAAAUUAACGUGCAAAUGCUUCAUUGUAAAUUUUGACUUCCUUUCGAGAUUGAAACGAUCGAUUCGUUACUUCAUUCGUUAAGAUUUAUUCCAUUUUUCGUUGGCAUGAUGCAUUUACUUGGAAGAGAAGAAUUAUGAUAUAUACAGCUAAAGAUAACUGACACGAUAACUCAAUGAUUCUAUUCCACUUUCAUAGCUGGUCGAGAUCUAGUAAGAGAACAUUAACUCAAAGGGAGAUGCGUUUACGUUAUGUAGAGGUAAUUAUGGGGCGUGCGCGCUUUCGAGCUGCACAUUUUGUUUGAAAGUUCGUUAUUUCGUUGCCCGUGAACCUUCUCGUGUAACGAAGUAGUACCUUUUCGUGUAAGGGUAAAAGGUGUUUCCACAUAAAGUUGUAUCGUAGCGUGCGAUGUACACAUCACAGUAGAAGACUACUGUAGUAGUAGCGAGUUAACUUGGCAUCGCGUAGUCGUCCUCCGUAAUGAGAGCCUUCGUAACGUCCUAACGUUAUCCGGAAAUUAACGUCGCUCGAAUCUCAGUCUUGCCAGGAAACGUGGAACACUUUCGACGUUCGAAACACCGAAGAUAUGAACACUCUUGAUGAUCUACCUCCCCUAAAAGAAAAGGGGAAAAAAAAGAAAAAAAAGAAUAUAUGAAAUUAAAACAAGUAAUCAUAGAUAUUCGAAAGCCAAUAAAUAACAUUUCUUUAAAACGUCAAAUAAGUAUCACGAAUUGAUAAAAUCGAAAAUAAAUUGUGAUUGCACGUUUAUUUUGUUCUAGAAGUUAUUAUCCACGAGUUGCUGAAUAAACCUUAAAAAAUUCUUUUGUUUAUUAUUUCUUUUUUUUCUUUUUUUUCUCUCUUUUUUCUUUUUUUUUUUGAGAAUAUAUCGAAACGUAGAAUACGACUUGGAAGCCGUUCAAUAAAAGAAGAGAAAGACUUUAUAAUCAGAAUUCCCAGGAGAUGACCGAUAACCGUUCGACUUCAUCUACGAAUAAAGGACAAAUUCAACUGAAACGUCAAUAAAGCGAAGAAAAAUAUAUUACUCUUCUUCUUUCUUUUUUUCAUCUCAUUUUUUUCCCAUAGAUUUUUCUCUCUUUAAUUCUAAAGACGAUUACAUAAAGGAAAUUGACGCUCUUUUUUUAAUUUAUCUAUAUAAAUAUUUUUUAUUAAUUUCAUUUUUUUAAGAAUACAACCUUUCCAGAAAAAAAUAAAAUUAUGUUAUUAAUUACUUCCAAGAAGUUUAACUUAAUUUUAUUUCGAAAAUAAAUUUGAAAUAAAUUUGUAAAGUGCCGGGAAUAUUACGAUCGACAGUAUCGAUCAAUAGUACCGUUUAUCUUCAUCACGUGACGAUUUUACACAAAUCUUCUCAUUGCUGCUUUCCCGCGAAACGAUCCAUGUAAUGAACCAUUUAUGGCGAAAGAGAAAAUUCGUUCUAAACUCUGCACACUGUGAGUAGAAACUUUCCUACUUAAAUAUAUACUUGAGUCGAUGGAAACUAUGAUAUGCAAACAUUUAUUCGAAAAUAACUAACUAAAGAUUUCGAUUUUCGAAAUAAAAUGAACCAUUGGAAUAAUUUUUAUGUACAACGUAGAAACAUAAGGUACAUUUUCAUUUUAAAAUCAGUUAGAUCAAUAUUAAUCAAAAUGUGUAUAUGUAUGUCAAAUAGA